GCCACCGAAUGAGCGUUAUCUAAUGUUGGUCGACCGACGUAAACAUGCGUUCGCCACCGUCCAAAUGAAAUGUCAUGAAUGUUGCUCAUUUCUUUUCUUCACGUGAAUUAUUCCAGUUGUAUUUCUAUUAGCAUUUGUAAAGCUGUUCAACAGAGAACUGUCCAAAUACUAGAUUAGAAGGCACAACAAAUACCACGAACUUAAGUGUACUUGCUACGGUCGACGGUGCCGGCCGGUCGGCACCGGUGAAACUUGUUUGAUGAAUUGCAUCACCGGUACGGUCACAGACAGUUGCCCGUAGAACACAGAGCUGCAGAAUCGUCGGUGUCGGACAUCGUCUGUUGUGUUAACUUCGCGGGAUACUUUUUGUAGGUGGGAGCAUGGACUGAAGCACUUUCACCAUGGCUCGUCUUGUGCAUCUUGAUAUUCUCGAAAGGUGUCGGCCAGCAUUUUCUCAAAUUGUAGGCUGUAAGCUUCGAAUGAAAGCCCACGAUGGGGCCAGAAUUAACUUAGUGAAGGUACAUAAUGUCCUUGUGAAGCAUCAGAGCACUGCUCCUGCAAUUGGCAAGGCAGUUCGUUCCAGAUGGCGGAUUGUUCGACGGACGCUGGCAGGGAUACUCCUCCUAGCUCCGAUGGCUGGCUUGGGAGCCUAUGCUGCACUGGACAGCACCAGCCGCCGAAAGGUCUAUGUGACGGCUCAAGGCUUUGUCAGGUUUUUCAGGACUUUCUAUAUUGGAUCCUGCAUCUCGCUGGACUACAAAUGGAGCCUGUGGAAUUUGGAGGAAGGGUCCGAGGAAUAUAAGAAGGCCUUCCGUGCCUGCAAUGAGCGCACGGGAGACAUGAUUGUCCGAGGCUGCCUGAAGAACGGAGGCAUGUACAUCAAGCUGGGCCAGGUUCUGGUCACGGCCAACUACGUGCUGCCCAAGGAGAUCUUGCUGAAGUUGUCGGUGCUACAUGACAAGGCGCUGUCUCGGGAGUACAAAGAGCUGGACCAGUUGUUUCAGGAGGACUUCAACUGCAAGCCAGAUGAGAUGUUCAAGGAGUUUGACCCCAAGCCGAUCGCUGCUGCAAGUCUGGCCCAGGUUCACAGGGCGGUCACUCAUGACGAUCAAGAAGUGGCCGUAAAGGUUCAGUACAUCAACCUCAGAGAUCAGUACAGUGGGGACUUCAAGACGUUACAGAUCAUGUUGGACCUAGUUCACUGGAUGCACCCAAAUACAAUCAACUACAAUGAAAUUCUUAGUGAUAUGGAGGCGCCACUCGCAAAGGAGUUGGAUUUUGAAAAUGAGGGCCGUAACUCAGAGAGAUGUGCCUCAAAUCUGCAACACCUCAAGUACAUUUAUGUACCAAAAGUACACUGGAAUUUAACAAGCAAGAGAGUUUUGACGAUGGAGUACAUCGAUGGCUGCAAAGUGACUGAUAUAGAUCAGAUUGAAGAGAUGGGCAUCACACCUGCAGAUGUUGAUGCCAAGUUGAUUGAGGCAUUUGGUGAGCAGAUCUUCCGCACUGGAUUUGUGCAUGCAGACCCUCAUCCCGGAAACAUUUUUGUGAGAAGGGCAUCCAAUGGGAAAGCAGAGCUUGUUCUUUUGGAUCAUGGAUUGUAUGAAGAAUUGCCAGCAAAGGUACGGCUAGCCUUGGGCAGGUUCUGGCGAUCUGUCAUCUUGAAAGAUGAACCAAUCAUGAAGCAGAGUGCUGCUGACAUGGGGGUCAAAGAGUACCUGCUUUUUGGGAUGAUGAUAACGCAGCGUCCAAUCAACAUGAAGGCCCGGCGGGGGCUGCACAUGACCUUCAUCGUGCCGCCAGAGGAGCUGCGCAAGAUGGCCGAGCAGUUCCACAAGAUGAGCCAGAGCCAGGCGGAGAUGAUGAUGGCUAGGCUUAACGACUUUGUCCUGUCACUGCCCAAAUCAUUGUACUUAAUUCUCAGGAAUAUGAACACGGUUCGCUCCAUUGAUCGCACGUUUGGCCAACCAGUGAACUACCUGGUGACAAUGGGCAGAUGUGCUGCAGGUUCCAUGUUUUUUGAGUCCCAGGACAGAACUCUUGCCGGCAGAGUGCGGGCAUCCUGGUAUCAAUUCAUCUACGAUUUCACCCUCAGAUCAGAUCAAGUCCUAAAUUCCCUGACAAGUUUCAUCAUGCGUGUGAUGCUUCGACUGGGCUGGAAAGUACCCACAAAACCAGCAGGCAGUGCACACGGCAUAAUGGACAGUCUCCAACCUGUCUCCUGAUUCAGGCAACUGCCACGUAAACUUUUUACCUCAAUUCUAUUGUUUUCACAUUAGGCCACGGUAACUUGUAAUUGUAAAAUAUACGUAAUUGUACAUCUUAUCACUGUAAUAUAUUUAGAAGCCUCGUGAUAUUGUUUUUAGUCGAAAACCAUCACCACGAGAGUAAUGUUGCUGCCCAGUAUGACCUGAAGUUACUCGUGUGCAAUGAUGUGCCUUCCUUUUUGUGCCAUCAAUAUAGUGUAUAGAUAUUUUUUAAUCAUUUUCUAAUAUAUAUUCAUACUCUGAGUGUAUUCUUAGGAGGAAAGCCUGACUUUGCAGUGUAAAAUCAAUUUCUGACAUUUGACAAGGACUGAAUAUCCCUGUGCACUGGCUACCAGAUAGUUCUACAAGUAUUUGAUAGAUAUAAUAGACUGAUCCAGUGAGCCCCGCCUACUGAGGACAUCAGCACUUUAGCAUAUGCCUUUUCCCAGUGCCACACUAUGUAUUCCAGCCGCAUGCUUCAUAUACAUAUGCACGCAUGUCAAACUUUUGUGCAUGCAUAUUGGACAUUAAUCAGGACUUUGAUUGGUCAGAAAACGAGGGGGUGUGGCUUAAUGGAGCAGCCUAUUUUUUCAUCGGGAGAUGUGCGUUUCUAUCCAGGGAGUCCCUGCCCUUCACCAACUUGGCUGUUGACUUGAACCAGCCAGCCAAUCACAGUAAGCUCCAUGAGUGAAUGGUAAGACAUCCAGCACUACUAAAGCAGGGGAUGGAGGAUUCACUUCCUCCCUGAGUGAGCUGGUAAAUUCUUGUCACAAGUCUUUGGACGACAUUGGGUAUACAGUGUUUGUAAAUGUGAGUCAGUGAAAGGCAAAGCAUCCAGAACUGAAAUUAGUUCAAAACUGAUGUAAAAUCAGCAAACGUGAAAUGGAAAUAAAUGAAAGUAAACAACAUCAAAAUGAACUGAAAAUCAACAAAAAGUAUCAAUGCGUGCUUUUUUUUAUUAGCUUCCACAGAAACAGCAAACAAACCAAAUAGUCAAAAACCUGUCCCUCUUACUAAAUUAAAACCCACAUUCAGAAUUGUUAUUUCAUUAAUGCUAGAAAGGAAAUUCUGUUAUUGGCAUAACCAGAACAAGUAUCGUUUUGUCGAGCAUAUCCAUUGCACAGACAGUUUUGGCAUGUUACCAAAAUGUAAUCCAAUUGAAAAACAAAACUUCACUUUUGACCCAGACAAUAAGAAAAAUAUAUUAAAAAAUAUUCUGAAUAAGGCACAAAUCAAGGGUGUGCUGUGUUGGAGCAUGCAGAACUGAUUGUGCCGACGUGAUGUUGACAGAACUUUCAAAUUUUCUAACAGGAAAAAAAAAAUGAAUUUCAUAACUCAAUGUAUAAUUUCUACAAGCUGACAACAAGGUUACUUUUACUGACAGAAAUAACAACCUGUUGCUACAUGUACUUAAGUGACAAUACCACUGAACAGUGGAGAACGGUUGUCAUUGGAAAACCAAUACCAACAAAUGUACCAUGCUGUGUUGACAUCAGAAAUUACGUGUAUGCUUGUGGGUCAUUUCAAGAUCUUGUUUGACGCAACACCAAGAGAAUCCAAGUUU